UGUAUGGUUCUUUCAGUGGAUAAAUGUUCAGUGACUACGAAAAGGCGUAUGAAAUAAAUAUGAAAAAACAGAGUACACAGGAAUACGUCAUUAAUUAUCAACGGUAUCCAUAGUACAUUUACGAAUAGAAUAGUGUGCCCUGCAAGAUGACUUCAUUAAUAAUAUUAGCAACAGUGCUGGUCAUGACGCACGCCCAGAGUUUUCUCACGACUGACCAUACUUUUCGACAGGUGAUGACAACGUGUUUCGGAGAAGACCUGUUUUUCGGACUCAUUAAGACUUUUAACGACAUCUUGCGCGAGUGUUCUCAGACGGACUUCGACCUCGAAAUUGCCCCACCGCUGGAUUACCAGGCGCUUUUUGACACCCUGGCGCGUAAUGGUCUCCGUCCUCAACCUCUGCCCGUGUCACAGCCUCCUCUCUCUCCAAUCGUGCCUACCACAUUUCACCUGGCAGCCGUCACUGUAACCGAGCGACUCUCCAACUACACGUGCGCCUUGGACAAGCUGGAGGUGAUUAAUAACGACUUCGACCUCCAGUACGAAAAAAUAAAAGAAGACCUAGAUAAUUUACGGAUCGACCAAGAGCUGAAGGAGGACCUAAAGAAUGCGACUGAUUUCUGCAAAGACCUGGUGGAAUGCAUGCCAGAGCCCCCCAUUCGAACCGUCAUUACACCGAAGCUUCGCCGCAUCAUGACCUUCCUCAGGUGCGAGAGGGAGACGAGGUACCAGGCCUGCGUCAAACACGAUUACAGGAAGCGUUUGACCCAGUAUGACCUGACCGAACUCCCCGUGGUCGAUGGCGUGGAACCUCUUGACAUGCUGGUGGCGUUGAUGAGCUUUGCUGAGAACAGGAAUGAGUUCUUGGUGUACUAGAGGUGGAAUAAAGGGCUGAUGAUUU